AUGAGAGCUGUGACACUUAUUGCUGUAUUAUUCUUGGGCGUCAAUGCCCUUCCUGAAGUCGACCCACAGAUAGUGAGUGGCCGACAGGCGCGUAAUGCAAUUACAGACCAGAUUCUUGAAGAAAUUGAGAAUAUCUCCCAGACUAUAAAAGACAUGGGACUAGAUCCCUUGUUAAUAGAACACGAGUCUUUCGAGUAUCAGCUGCCUGUACCUGCACUCUUCAACGCGGCCGCCGAGGUGGAAGAUGUCAGAAGCUUCGGUCUCAGUGACAUUGUGGUUGAAAACCUGAACCUCGUCCUGUUUCCCUUCUUUAACCGACUCGAUUUCCAUAUAGAAUUGCCACACAUCCACUUCUUUGCUCGUAAAGCAAAAGGUCAAGUUGCGUCGUUUGGUGAAACAUUGAUUGUAGAAGGAGACGGCAGUGUCGAUAUCCGAAACAUAAACAUAGUUGGUAGAGCAAAUAUCAGAUUGACUGGAGUUAUUAUCGGUGAUCUCAUAUCUGCCAUUGAAAUCGAUUUUACAGUAGGACAAAUUAGCUCAAAUAUUCGGCUAGCUAUCAACGGUCAGAAUUAUUCUGAAGAAGUUAACAAUUUAAUCAACGUAAAAAUUCCUGCCGUUCUGGAUGAAUUCAGUGAUGAAAUCAACGAGCUGAUCGAAAUUAUCCUUUUGGACAUCCUCAACGAAAAUCUUUAA